UGAGUGGGGUGGGGUCACUUCUUCCCAAGGGACCAUAAGAACCCCGUAGUGCCCAGAGUGAGGUACCAUCAGGUCUUCGUAGCCUUUGAGUGAAGGUGCCCUGUCCAAUCAGCAGCCAUGAAGUUCUCUCUUGUCGCCGCCCUCGUUGUUGUGCUGGCCCUGGCACUUGGAAGUGAGUCCGUCUCUGUGGUGAAGAGGGAGGCCCCAGAGAUCGAGAAACUGACCCAGUACUUCCAGGACCUGUCUGCCAUGCUGACCCGCACCACUCAGGACUUGGUGGAGAAACUGAAGGCCCACGAGCUGGCUGGCCAGGCCCAGGCCUACAUUGAGGAUGGGAAGACCCAGCUGCAGCCCCUGGCCGAAAAGAUCCAGGAGCAGCUGAAGCCUCUUGCCUCCAACAUUGAGGCGCAGCUGAAGCCCCUGGCCGAGUCCGUCCAGGCCCAGAUCAAGCCCAUGGCCGACACCGUCCAGGCUCAGCUGGAGGAUAUCUGGCAGAAGCUGCUGGACCAGACCAAAGCCCUGGGCCAGUAAAGAAGCCUCCCUCUCAGCCACCCCUCCGUCCAGCCCUGGGUGGAGCAGGGGGGUCGGGGGGGGUGACACGUUCCCCCCCACCCCCUGGUUUACACCAGUUUGGGCUUCUACCUGGCCAUGAGCUUCCUCCUGUCUAACUCCUCUGUAACAUUUCCAUUGUCCAAUAAAGCGCUUUAAAAGCUGA